AUGCUUUUCGACAAGACGCGACAUCAUCGACUCUCCGAAUUCCAAGCUGUCGUGUUGGCAGGCUAUGGUAGUACUAAUCGUCUCUACCCAAUUUCAGACGAAGAGAAUAUGCCCAAAGCCUUGUUACCAGUAGCCAAUAAGCCUAUUAUCUCAUAUACACUGGAGUGGCUGGAAAAGGCUGGUAUCCAUGACGCCAUCCUUUUAAUACAAGGCUCAGGAGCAGCAUACCACAAGCUCACAACCUACAUUUCGCGCGGUUACCAAGGCAGCGUUCAUUGCAAUGUCGUAUCUGUGGAUGAGGAUUAUGGCACAGCUGAGGCUCUACGAUCCAUCAAAGAUAGAAUUGAGAAAGAUUUCAUUGUUGUUCCUUGUGAUUUGGUUACUGAUUUGAACCCACGCGAGUUUUUGGAUGCACACCGUGUACAAGAUCCCACCAUGUCUGCCCUCUUUUAUCAAUCAAGCUUAACCGAAGCUGCAAAGGAUGAUGCUGGCCAGGCUCCAUACGUUGGCAUCGAUACCAAUCAUUCUGCUCUUGUAUACAAGGUGCCACAAUCCGAUGACGAGGAGUUCUCUAUGCGAAUGUCAUUAUUGAAAAAGUUUCCUCGUGUACGAGUGCACACAGAUUUGUACGAUGCUCAUCUUUAUAUUUUCAAGCGAUGGGUAUUGGACAUGGUCAUGGACAAGGAAAAUAUCGUCAGCAUAUCCGAAGAUCUCGUGCCAAUGCUUGUCAAGUGUCAGUAUCAGAAAAAGAUGGUCGAGCGGGAAAAGGUGCAAGAAUAUGCCUCUACAAAUGAUCCAUUGUUGAAGACAGCUUUCUCCCUUUCUACGACUGCAUCCGAGCAUAUUGAAGACGAUGACGCUGAUUUCAAGAGCCCUGUCAAAACGCAUGUCUAUGUCUAUCGAGGUGGUUUCUGUGGUCGUGGUAACACCAUUCCCAGCUACAGUGAGCUUAAUCGCCAUGCAACCAAGCAAGGUAAUGAUGUGAUCCGGGUACCACCCACAGCCGAGGUCCAACCCAAGACCCAAGUUGGCAACGAUUCGAUGAUUGGCGAACACACCAAAAUUGAUGAACGAUCCUCUGUCAAGAAAUCAUGCGUUGGUGCUCACUGUGUCAUUGGCAAGAACGUCAAGAUUGCAAAUUCAGUUAUUAUGGAUCAUGUGGUCAUUGCUGAUAAUGCCAAGGUGGAUGGAUGUGUUAUCUGUAACAAUGCCAAGGUAUUAGAAAAGGCAAUGCUUAAGGACUGCGAUGUGGCUGCCGAGUACGAGGUCAAGAAAGACAGUCAAGUCAAAGGAGAGAAAUUGGUGGCAUUCCGAGAAGCAAUCAACUAA